AUGCUUAAAUCCUGUAGACUAUUGCAGGGGCCGAGAUUAGCGUUGGACCCUAGACAAGGGACUGGACGAGGAGGCGAGUCCAUCUAUGGAGCCAAGUUUGAGGACGAGAUAACACGUGAGUUGAAGCACACGGGUGCCGGUGUGCUGUCCAUGGCCAAUGCCGGGCCCAACACCAACGGCAGCCAGUUCUUCCUCACUCUCGCCCCCACUCCCUGGCUCGAUGGCAAGCACACAAUAUUCGGUCGUGUGUCGCAUGGAAUGGACGUGCUGAAACGGCUGGGCAACGUGCAGGCCGACAGGACUGACAGGGAUGGCGUGUGUGACGCGUACAUUGCAUCUGGACGUCAGGUGUAUCACUGUCAAAUGCCAGUAGGCCAGGAGAAUUUGUUGCAACAGGGCAAGGCGCAGGUGCUUCUGCCGCACCGUGUCGAGGACGUCACACCAGUGCCUGUCCCCUCUCUCCUGCACGCACUGCCCGUGCAGAGCCUCGCAUCUGCGGCCCUGGGAGGCACCGGAGGGCGAGCAGCCGCCACUCUCCUUUCCUCUGUGGACUCACUUGGUCGAGCCAUCGUCUCCACCUUCUCCUCUUCAUCUGUGACUCCUGACUCCCUCUGCCACCUCGCCCCCUCCCCCUGCGGCAUCACUGAGCCAGGCCCAUGCUGCACUGCCAUCUCCGUCACAGGACCCUCCACCAUCCGGGUGGCUACGUCCUGUUUCUUCCCCCGAUUAGUAGACCUGCACGACCCUGCUUUCCCCUCCCCCGCUUCCCCCCUGCGCACAUUCCACCUGCCCUUCCCCCCCGCUGCUGUGGGCUUCCUGGGGGGAACUGAGCGGGGCAGAAGGGGAGGGAAGCGGAGGGGAGGGGAGAUGGAAGGGGAGGGGGAGGGGAAUGCGGUUGAAGGGGUGAGGCUGCUGGCAGUGUGCGAAGGGCCUCAGGUGUGUGUGGGUUGGGGUCUCUUUUGUCUCUUUUGUGCGCUCAGCAUCUGGGACGAGAGGGCCGCUGAAAACGGUGGCUGCAUCCAGCGAAUCACCGUCUCUCCCGCUGCCGAGCCUCUCUACGCCCUAGCCUCGACAAUAGGCUCGGGAACAGGCUCGGUAACAGGCUUAGUGGCAGUAGGAGGGGCCGAGCGCACUGUAGCUGUGUACGACGUGCGCAAAUGGGCGGCGAGAGGCCGAUGGGUCGGCUGCGUUCGGCAGGACGUGAUGGGAAUAGCUUUCCCUGUGGCUGGUGGCGGGAGAGAGGAAGCGAGACAAGAGGGACUGGAGGGUCUUUCAUUUCAAUCGGAUGAAUCUGUGUUUGUGUGGAGCGGUGAUAAUGAGGUGGUAUGUGGGAGGUGGACUGAAGGCGAGGGGAGGGCGGGAGGGGUGCGAAGAGCAGAGAAAGGGAGGGGUAAAGGGGGGAGUGGAAGGGGGGGCAAGGGGGGGGAAUGGGGAGGGAUUGAGGCCGGGGGGAGGGGAAGGGCGCAGCCAAGUAGAGAGAAAGUGAAUCAACAGUACAGGGAGCAUCAGAACAGGGAGCAGCGGAACAGAGAGGAACAGAAUUGUAGAGGGGGCGUGUGUAAAGAGGAUGUGGGGUGUGCACACCGGGAGGAGGAGAUGGAGUUGGACAGAGGAGGAGGAUUGGGAGAGAGAGGAGGGGGAGGCAGAGGGGCCAGGGUAGCCGAUGGAGAAGCAGCAGCAGAAGCGGAAGCAGCAGGGGAGGGGAGCAAAGGGGCAUCGCGAGUGCAUCAGUCGUUCCGAGGAGACAGCGCCUGGUGUGGCAUUGCAAGGGAUUUCAACUCCAAUCUGCUUGCCGGCUGGUGCAUGUCUGGGAGCUUCAUACUUGCCAACUGCACGUAG